UAAAACCGAAAGAAUGUUUCUACUGUUAACUCUCAUCAUCUUCGCAUUGGCGCUCGUGGUGUUCGCGCUCGAGCGGCAUUACACCUAUUGGCAGCGACGUGGGGUGCCACAGGUUGCGCCCCGUUAUGUGGUUGGCAACAUCCAGCGCACACCUGGCGGUCAAGUGCAGCUACGCCACUUCAACAAGCAACUCUACGAGGAGUACAAGAAGCGUCGGCCUUUUGUGGGCAUGUAUAUCUUCUUCACGCGCGCCGCACUCAUACUCGAUUUGGAUGUCAUCAAAGACAUCUGCAUUAGUAAGUUUUCGAACUUCCAAGAUCGCGGUGUUUUCUCGAAUCCACGCGAUGAUCCACUCACCGGUCAUCUGUUUCGCUUGGAGGGCGAGCAAUGGCGCGCCAUGCGCCAGAAACUCACGCCCGUUUUCUCUUCAGGCAAUAUGAAAUACAUGUUCCCCACCGUGCUGAAAGUGGGCAAUAAACUGACGCAAGCAUGCCACGCGGCGAUCGCGGACAGCACACAUAAGGGUGAGCUGGAAAUGAAGGAGCUCUGCGCGCGCUACACUACCGAUGUGAUUGGCACUUGCGCUUUUGGCAUUGAGUGCAAUAGCCUACGCGAUCCGCAGGCUGAGUUCAGACGUCGCGGCCAUGCCGUCUUCUCCGAACCACGGCACUCACAACUCGUGCAGACAUUCAUGCUGAUGAAUCCAGAUUUGGCACGUCGUUUGCGUUUGAAGUUCUUUCCCGACCACAUCAUACAGUUCUAUGUGGAUGUAGUGCGUCAAACGGUGGAGCUGCGACAGCGCGACAGAGUCAAACGCAAUGAUUUUAUGGAUUUGAUGAUCGCCUUGAAGGCGGAAGACGAGCGUUUGUCAGCGAAAAGUGAUGGCAUCGACCUUUCGCAAGGUCUUACUCUGCUGCAAAUAGUGUCGCAAGCGUUUGUCUUCUUUGUGGCCGGUUUUGAUACGUCUUCGACGACCAUGUCGCUGUGUCUAUACGAGCUCGCAUUGAAUCCGGCGAUACAGGAGAAGGCGCGUAAUGAGAUCGAACAUGUGCUGAAAGCCCAUAACGAACAGCUCACAUACGAGGCGCUAAAUGAAAUGCAGUAUCUUGAUCAAGCAGUGGAUGAAACACUGCGCAAAUACCCCGUUGUGCCGUAUCUGGUGCGCAAAGCUAAGGAGGACUACUUGGUGCCCAACACCAAUGAGGUCAUCGAAAGCGGGUCUCUUGUAGUGUUGCCUGUGCACGCCAUUCAACACGACCCUGAGCUAUACCCGGAGCCGGAUAAGUUUGAUCCCGAACGUUUUAACACCGAAGAGCAUAGUGAGCGUCAUGCUGCUGCGUACAUGCCAUUUGGCAAAGGACCUCGCGCCUGUAUUGGCUUGCGUUUUGGCAAAAUGCAGGCCAAGGUAGGGUUGGUUAAUUUUCUGCGUCAUUUCCAGUUCAGCAGAUCCGCACGAACUCAAGUGCCACUCGAUUUUAUUGAACGCAUUUUCCAAAUCACACCAGCCAGCGGCAUAUAUUUAAAUGUGGAGCCUUUGAAAGUCGCGCGAAAAAAAUUUUGCUACGGAAUUAUCAUUAUUUUUAAUAAGAAUCUUCUACCUACGAACAUGUCUGCUGCGGUAUUCUGCGCGCUGCUAGCCACCGUCCUAGCCAUACUCUAUAUACAGCUGCGCCGCCACUAUAGCUAUUGGGCGCGCCGCGGUGUUCCACACGAGCCACCGAAAUUCUUCGUCGGCAAUAUGAGCGGCAUUGGUACACUUUAUCACUGGAAGGAAAUCAACGCGCGCAUUUAUAAUCGUUUCAAGGGCCAAGCGAACAUUAUUGGCGCGUAUACAUUCUUUAAGCGCGUCGUCUUCAUCAUCGAACCCGAACUCAUCAAGCGCAUCUUAAUAAAAGACUUCAACUAUUUCGCAGAUCGCGGACUCUUUCACAAUGUGCGCGAUGAUCCGCUCACCGGCAAUCUGCUGUUCUUGGAUGGCGAACAAUGGCGCGUGCUGCGUCACAAGCUAUCGCCCGCCUUCUCCACUGGCAAGAUACGCUUCAUGUUCCCCACUAUGGUGGCGGUAGGUGAGCGGCUUGUCGGCGCUUGUCAGCGUCUUAUUAAUAUUGGCGGCACUGUUGAGCUGAAGGAGCUCUGUGCGCGCUACACUACCGAUGUGAUUGGUGAAGUCGCCUUUGGCAUAGAGUGCAACAGCCUGAAGGACCCGUAUGCCAUAUUUAGACGCAUGGGUCGCACUAUUUUUGAAAAACCACGUCAUUCGCUACUCGUGCAAGCUUUCAUGUUUACCGAUCCAAAUAUGGCACGCAGACUGCGGCUGAAAAACUUUCCCGAUGAUGUGAGCGACUUUUUUAUGGGUGCAGUGCGUGAAACUGUGGGGUACAGAGAGAAGAACGGCGUGCAGCGUAAUGAUUUUAUGGAUAUGAUGUUGGAGAUGAAGGCGCAGCGUGAUCGUUUGGAGCACACUGAUAUCAGGGAGGACGAUUUAACGAACGGUUUGAGCAUCGAACAGGUGGCCGCACAGGCGAUGGUCUUCUACUUGGCGGGCUUUGAGACCUCAUCAACGGUAAUGUCUUUCUGCAUUUACGAAUUGGCAUUGCAACCAGAGCUGCAAGAGCGACUGCGUGAGGAAAUUUUCGGGGUUUUACAAAAAACUGAAGGAAAGGUGACCUAUGAGGCAAUCAAGGAGAUGACUUACCUUAAGAAAGUGAUGCAAGAAACGCUACGUAAACAUCCCGUCAUACCGCACCUGGUGCGCUUAACCACCGCUGACUACAGCAUUCCAAACAGCAACAUUACACUGGAGCGCGGCAUGCGCAUUUUCAUACCCAUCGACGCGAUUCAUCACGAUCCAGAUAUCUAUCCCGAACCAGAGAAGUUCGAUCCUGAACGCUUCUCGCCAGAGGAAAUCGAAAAGCGUCAUCCUUUCACUUAUUUACCCUUCGGUGAGGGACCCAGAAAUUGCAUUGGCAUGCGUUUUGGUGAGUUUCAGACCUCCAUCGGAGUCAUACAACUACUGCGUAGCUUCCGAUUCAAGCCAUCAGCGCGUACUCAGGUACCCAUAGUUUAUGCGAAGAAGAAUUUUCUUAUCGCCGCAGACGGUGGCAUACAUUUGGCUGUGGAGAAGUUGGAGGAAACUAUUUGAAAAUUGAGC